AUGCGCAACCUAUUCUCUAUCGUUUUCCUUUCCUGGCUUCUUGCUCUAGCCAGCUAUGUCCAAGUUGCCGCAGCAGGCAACGACGCAGCCCAUGCAUUCGAGAGAAUAUGGCUGUAUGAGAUGUAUGAAGUCUUUUGCGACGUCGACCCCAAGCAAACCAAAAUCUUUUCGGCACAGGGGACCGGCACCGUGCCAAAUAGUAAUAAGGGCACAGGACCAGGCGGGAGACUCACCUACGCUGAGUUUCAAUGGCGAUUACAAGGCGGCAAAACUCCAUUGGUUAACUUGCAAUCGCCGAAAACCAUUGGCGUCUAUCAGGCGGCCGAUGAGCUGCUGAAGCUGGGGUGGACUGGGAUACUUAAGGUUGCCGACAUCGACUUGACUCUCAAAGGCUAUAAAGCGCCCCAAAAUGAUCCGAACAAGAAAAACUAUAUGGAACUCAUAGACAGGGUUGAGAAAGAGUACUCGAAUUAUCGGUUGAGCUCUCCAGGCAAAACUUAUGAGAGCAUCUUCACUGACACAGCCCGCGCGACUCGCAUUGCCGAUAUUUCCCAUGCCAUCUAUACCCUUCGCGAGGAGGACAGACACACUUUCAUCAGCGAUAAAUACAUUUGGAAUCGCAACGGUCUAUGGCUCGCUGUGGGCCCGAAUGACCAACAAAAACUGAAGUCAAAAAUUUCAUAUGUCGACAGCAGCGGUAAAACGAUAUACCUCGGCGACGAUUACACAGUAACCGACAUUGCUAAGGUAUUCGCUACGAACUGCCCAGGUGGCAAACUAGGACCAGCUUUGACAUAUUGGAAGUGGACGAGUGCGAAGGAUAUAACUGACUGGCUCGCGAAAUUGGGCGACGCAUCACCUGCGGUAGCUGGUCAGCCGACAUCCAGUCCAGAAGACAUUACCCAUCGACGCGUUCUAGAGAGCUGGAAGACAGUGGACCAAAAGAGCGCUAUGAAUUUAGCGGAUCUAAACUGCAAGUGA